AUGGCUGGUGCAUCAGCCGGUGGCUCUAAGCAGCCAGCAACUGCCAAGGGAAAACAGAAACGGCGCGCAGAAGUCGAAGAGGAGAGGCCUGAAGCUUCCGGCGCAGAUGACUCGAAUGACCGGCAAGAAGACCAACGGGCCGCAAAGAUACAGAAAACCGAUCAAGGCGAGGAAGAAGACAGAGAAGCGAGGACAGCGCGCCUGAUAAAAGUCGCCCAAGAAACAAAGAGCAUCAUUCCGACGAUAUUGACGGUGACGCCUCAGGCUCCGCCCGAUGGGCAUUACUAUUUACUCGAUGGAUUGCCCCAGUUGGAUCAGGAUAACUGCCCCAAGGUCCGCACAUUGGUCAAGGUUGUGGAAGGAGACACCUUCAACACCGCGUUCAACCUUGCCAAUGCCGCCCAGUUCCUCGAUCAUAAGGAUACCAAACCUGUCUGCGUCUUGAAUAUGGCGAACGCGGGGACUGUCGGAGGGGGUUGGGAACAUGGAUCAAUGGCUCAAGAAGAGGAGCUCUGUUUCCGCAGUAGCCUCAGCUUCACUCUCAAAGAGAAGUUCUAUCCCAUGAAUAAACUUGGUGUUAUCUAUUCACCGACCGUCGUUGUUUUUCGGGAAGAUACGGGAAAACGGCAUCGCUGGAUGGACUUGGGAAAGCCUGAGUGGCUUCCUAUAGUCAGUGUUGUCAGCAUGGCGGCACAGUUUAAGCCGGCUGUCGUGAUUGAUGAUAAUUCCACGGAACAGCGGUAUGCGAACGAGGAGGAUCGAGAUUUGAUGAAGGAUAAGAUGCGCCUUGUCCUGCGCAUUGCCGCAACCCACGGCCAUCGGAGGCUCGUUUUGGGCGCCUUGGGUUGUGGCAUGUUCAGGCAUCCCAAACACGACGUCGCGGAUUGUUGGUUGGAAGUCAUGGAGGAGAAGGAAUUCAAAGGAUGGUUUGAAGCGAUUGUAUUCGCUAUUGUGGAUACAGGUAAUAAAACAGGGAAUUUGGAAAUUUUUCGAGAAUGUCUUGAUGGAGUGAAGUUGUGA